CCAUGCAUAACUUUUGGGGAAAUGUGGUUGAGUGAUAGGUGGAGCGGACCAGUGAACUCUACAUAUACACCGCUGGAGCCGAGCCAACGCGCGCAUCCUUCCCUUCUGCCGACUAACCCGAAAUAUAGGUUCACCGAUCGACGUCUACUUUGAGUCGCCGACUCGCGAGAGUCAUCACUCUGUCUCAUCCUCUCACCAACUACUAAUGGCGGCUCUUAGGAGAAUCGCGGGAAAAAGCAGUAUCAUAUCAACUUCUCCUCUUCUUCCUCCUGCUCUUUUCUUUUGCUGUCGUAGCAUUGCUACUAAGCUUUUCGUUGGAGGAUUGUCAUUUUACACCACAGAGAAUGGAUUAUCUGAAGCUUUUUCUCAAUACGGUCAAGUUGUUGAAGCUAAAAUUGUAAGUGACAGAGUCUCUGACAAAUCAAAAGGUUUUGGAUUUGUAACUUUUGCAUCUGUAGAUGAAGCACACACAGCUCUAACUGAGAUGAAUGGAAAGACACUGAAUGGAAGAGUUAUCUUCGUGGAUUAUGCAAAGCCCAAGACUAGAUUUGGUAACGAAAUGCCUAUUGCUAGGGGGCCUCCUGAACUAUCUGAGUCGCAAGAACGCUAGCAGAAUGAAUCAAAUAUUCACAAACCAACUCUCAGUUAAAAGCUUGCCCCAUAUUCUCUGUUGUGCACAUGGUUAAAUUGAUCAGAAAAUGUUACACCAGAAUCUUUUCAUUAUAGAAUCCAAUGUCCAGUGGAUUUUUAGUUGAUGAUGAGACAGUGUUAGAUCUAGUUGUGCAAAGAGGGUGGUUUUAGACUCAGUAAGUUCCAGAUGAUGUUUGUUGGCUCGAAGAAGUAUGAUUUUCAGACUGUUACAUAUUUUCUCAUAAAAGUUAUUCCUGUUUCAAUGUC